AAGUUUGUGGGCAUGAUUUCCUGGUAAGAGAUAAGAAAGAAAGAAGCAAUGAUGGUGUGAUCAAAAUUCAUCACCUAUUUAACCUCAACAUACAAACAAACAAACCUAAGGCUUUGAUUGAAUAGCUAUUUUGAGUAAUCUCCAAGAAACAAUUACCAGAAAAAGAAAAUCUGAUUCAAUAGGACCCGUAAAGCAUGCCUUUAAUGCCAUCUUCUUCAACAUCAUUCAUUAAGGAGAGCUAUCAGUAUGAUGUGUUUUUGAGUUUCAGCGGUGAAGACACACGUAAGAACUUUGUUGAUCACCUUUAUGAUGCUCUUCAGCAACAAGGUAUUCACACUUUCAAGGAUGACGAGAGACUUAGAAAAGGAAAAAGCAUCAACGACCAGCUUUUGAAGUCUAUUGAAGAGUCGAAGUUAUUCAUCAUAGUUUUCUCAAAGAAAUAUGCAUCUUCGUCUUGGUGCUUAAACGAACUUGUAAAGAUUAUGGAGUGCCAAAAGUCGAAUGAGCAAAUUGCUUAUCCUGUUUUCUAUGAUGUGGAUCCCUCUGAAGUUCGUAAACAACGUGGUCCAGUUGGAGAAGCCCUUGCCAAAUAUACCAUCAAAGAGACCAGGAUAUGGAGACAAGCUCUCACAGAAGCCUCCAAUCUGUCCGGGUGGGAUUUGAAGAACAUUGCUAAUGGUCAUGAAGCCAAAGUGAUCAAAUUAAUUGUUGAACAAAUUUCGCUAGAGCUACGGUCCAUUAGUGUGAACCUUGAUGAUAAGUUAGUAGGCAUGGAGCCGCGGCUACAAGAUCUUCAAAGUUCUUUAGAUGCCAGUUCGGACGAUGUUCGCAUGAUAGGGAUCAAGGGAAUGGGAGGCGCUGGAAAGACUACACUAGCCAAAGCUACUUUUGAUAGAAUAUCAAUUCACUUUGAAGCUAAAAGCUUUGUUGAGAAUGUGAGGGAAGUUUCAAAAUCAUCGUUGUCCGGUUUGUUGUCAUUGCAAAGAAAGAUCCUUUCAGAUUUGUUAAAGGGUCAAGGAAACAACGUAAGUAGUGUCCAUGAUGGAACAAACAUGAUGAAAACAAAGUUGCGUGGAAUAAAGGUUCUUGUGGUUUUAGAUGACGUGGAUCACAAAGAUCAACUUGAUGCGUUAGCGGGUGAUCUUUAUUGGUUCAAGCCCGGAAGUAGAAUUAUCAUUACAACAAGAGAUGAGCAAGUAUUGAUAGCACAUAGAGUGAAAUGGAUUCAUGAUGCCAAUCUAUUAUCAAAUACGGAAGCGAUUGACCUCUUUACUAGGCAAGCAUUUGGGAAACAUAUUCCAACAAAAGAGUAUGAAAAACAAUCACUACAAGUUGUACAUUAUGCUGCUGGUCUUCCAUUAACAAUUAAAGUUUUGGGUUCAUUCCUGUGUGGUAAAGACAUACGUGAAUGGAAGGAUGCAUUAAAAAGGCUAGAGACCAUUCCGUUGAAGGAAACCCUUGAAAAAUUGGAACUAAGUUAUGAAAGUUUAGAGGAAGAUUAUAAGGAAAUAUUCCUAGAUAUGGCAUGCUUACUCAAGGGGUGGAAUAAAGAUGAUGCAAUAAAUUUACUAGAAAGUUGUGGAUUUCAUCCUAGAAAUGGUUUAAAAGUUCUUGAGCAGAGAUCUCUUAUAACUUCUAUUAAUAUUGCUGAGCGUUCAUACCUUGGUAUGCAUGAUCAUAUAGAAGAAAUGGGCAAGAAUAUUGUACGUCGUUUGCACCCAGAUGAACCCAACAAACAUAGCCGUAUGUGGAUUCAGGAGGAAAUUGAAGAUGUAUUGGGUAAUGACUUGGGUACUGAAGCGACAAGAUGUAUGAAGCUAAUACUCACCAGUGAGAUUAAGUUGAAAGGCCUUAGAAACAUGAAGAAACUUAGGUGGCUUAUCAUAGAUGCUAGAGGUAACCAUGAGUUUGGAGAUAACAAUGAGGAUUGUCAAUACUUCCCGGAUUCAUUACGAUACUUGUUGUGGUAUAACUACAAACAUUGGUGUUUACCCAAAACAUUUGGUGCAAAUAAUCUUGUAAAGCUUGAGAUGCGAGAAAGCGGCUUGAAACAACUUUGGGAAGGGGGAAAGGUUACAAAGAAGCUCGAAUCCAUUGUACUAUACUUUCCAAGGCUCUUGGAGACCCUUGACCUUCGGUUGACCCCAAAUCUUGUGCGGCUAGAUCUUCGUGGUUGUUAUCGUUUGGAAGACAUUCGUGUGCCUGUUGGAGGUUUAAAAAGGCUAGUGUACCUACACCUCCAAGGUUGUGACAGGUUAAAAUCUUUUUCAUUUAUCAAGGAGUUGAAAUCACUUGAGGUUCUUAAUCUAAAUGAGUUAUAUCUAAGGAAGUUCACGGAUAUAAUCCCAAGCUACUCAUACCUACUUUCAUUAAUUGGAAAUCUUCAUAACCUUGUUUGCCUAAGUUUCAAUGGUUGUCGCAAGCUCAAGAGUCUUUCAGGAAGGAUAUGUAGUUUACAAAAUUUAAGAGAACUUUGGCUUCAUGGAUGUGGUAUAAAGGAAUUGCCGGAGGACAUAGGCCAGUUGGAAUGGUUAGAAAAACUGGAUUUAUCAUACUCAAAAGUUAAACAUCUCCCUGAUAGCAUUUGUAAGUUGAAAAAACUUGAAACUCUCAUUCUAGACUGCUGUGAAGUUCAUCAGUUACCCGACGAUUUUGGCCAAAUGGAAUCAUUAAUUAUACUAAGCCUACGUAAUACCUAUGUAAGAUACCUUCCAUCCAACAUGUGUAAGUUAAAACAUCUCAAAGUGCUUGACCUUUCUGAGUGUUAUAGACUUGAGAAAUUACCGGAGGACCUAGGAGACUUAGAAUGUUUGGAAGAGUUAAAUCUAAGUCUUACAUCUAUAAGUCAUCUUCCACAUAGCAUUUCUUUGUUAAAACAUCUCAAAGUGCUUGAUCUUUAUGGAUGUUGUAAACUCAAGAAACUACCGGAGAACCUAGAGGGUACUUUGAUAAGUCAUCGUCCAAGAAACAUUUCUUUGUUGAAAGGUCUUAGCAUUUUUGGAUAUGGAGAAUCGCUUGAUGCAGAUGCAAUUCUAUUUCAAUUACAAUUACCAAUGAUAGAUGCUCCUGAAAGGAAAAACACCAAUAUUGAAGCAACAACAUGUGACACAGAUUCAUCGCAUUCACCUAUCUUUGAUCGAUCAGUUCAUCGCCUUCAUAGAUCGCGUUCGCUACCCUGAUUUCUCGGCUCAGUGACUUGAGAUAUUCGAUGCUGAUCGAUUCAAAGGUCUACCAUUCUUCAUUACUUUCAUUUCACAUCAGAUUGCUUAGCAUUUAAACUUGCUCAGUUCGCAAGCUAUGUUCAUCACAAUGUGAUUUAAUCACAAAAUGCUAACCAAAAGAUUAAAUAGAAUAGACAGUAAAACUCCGUUUUGGCUGGAGGGGAUGCAUUUGCUCGAUUGAGGGCAUCCCAGGAUGCUCAUCCAGUGAUUUCGUUGGCCGUUCAAAAAAAAAAGAAAAGGGGCAGUGAGGUGCUUGAGGCGCAACUUCUACAUUCGGACUUUUUGUGCAUCAGGAUGUUGCAAACAAGGCUUUUUAAGUUGUACAAGUUGAUAAUCUGUAUAUUAAAUUAAAUCAUAUAUAAUUAAAGCUUAUUUGCAGCUAAA